CUCCGUCAAGCGUGCAUUAUUGUGAAUUUGGAUUCCACUCGUAAUACGUACGUUGCGGAAGCUCGCUAUUUUCGUUUCGCGAAUGAUCUAAUAUUGUGUAGGUCGCAUUUUUGGGCAACGGCGCUCUUGUUCGACGGUUUCGCUGGCUCAUCGUAUAAGGUAAUCGUCCCGUCCUCGUGAGCAGUCUGCAAACGCGCUGGCCGUCAGCCUCCUUUCCCCGAUCACUGCCACCAAAUUCAUCUACCCAAGGAACUCUCUCGUUUCACAACAGCUUGUCUUGAUACCACAGCCUGGUCUUUGCUUUUUCAAGUCCGCCAUCCUUGCAAGGUGGAGUACUUUGUAACAAGUCCCGACGUCAACAACUUGAGCCCUACCAAGUCGAAAGUAGUCCCACGGCCGCAUUUGGACCAUGCAGAUACAUAAGCUGCUCAACCCUUCCUUUGCUGACCGCGAUGGGUAUCGCGACUCGUCGCCAAUACCCGCGUCCUUGUCCCGCCCGGUAGCCUCGAUCGUAGUUCCAAAACGACAGAAGGUCCCUAAGGAUGCUCCAAUCUUCUCAGAAGGCAACAACAUUGUAGGCUAUGUGAACUUCCCUCCUCAUGAAGCCCGGGACGACCAUGAUCUCAAAGCUCAGCACCAAAAAUUCCAGGUUUAUCCGUUGGGCGAGAUAUACAAGAAAGGUAUCCGACACAUCCCCUACAACAGUGAUAAGAAGGACUUCCUGGAUAAAACGGGACGCGAUGCGUUCGAAAUGUUCCAGUACACCUACAAGAGACCUGGUGACGAGAAGGAGUACGUAGUAGUCUGGGAUUACAACGUCGGUCUCGUUCGUAUGACGCCUUUCUUCAAAUCCUUGAAGUACUCAAAGACGAUGCCAGCUAAAGCGCUGAGGGAGAAUCCAGGGCUGAAGGACAUCAGUUAUAGCAUCACAGGGGGUGCUCUAGUGUGUCAAGGGUAUUGGAUACCCUACCAUGCUGCCAAAGCGAUUGCAACAACGUUUUGCCAUGAAAUUCGAUGGGCACUAACUCCGGUGUUCGGCAACGACUUUCCUUCGUUGUGUCUUCAUCCGAAAGAUCCAAACUUUGCAAAGUUUCUCAUCGAUCCAGCAAUCGUGAAGUACUGUGCCCUCGAAACGAUUCGAUUCCGCACAGAAGGCCCGUCGUACCGCGUCCUGAAUUCGAGCGUAUCGUCGCCCGUCGAGACACCUACGAUGCCGUUUGGCUCACCGCUAUGGAAGGAGAAAGGAACGAAGCAACGCCAUGUGUGGUCGGCGGAUGUUGAGAGCGGAUAUGGCACCGACACGGAUCAGAGCGAUAAAUGCCACUUCUCGCCACAGGUGUCUCCCCGUGGUCAGGGUGCGUGGACAUCGGUUAAUAUGUCGCAGUCCCCAUCCUCACCACGCACAGCCAAUUCUUCCACCAUGGGCUCGCCCGUCAGCACUCGAGGCCCCCCGGUGCUGAUAGCGGCAACUUCGGUUCCAGGCGGAUACUACGACGAACCGUUCCAGACGAAGCGAACACUCUCCAAGGUGGCCUUCAGCGACACUUGCGAUGGCGACACGUUGAGUCGACCUCAGACCGCCGCUACUAUCGACAGCGACGGCGGGGAUGAAGUCCAUUCGCGGGGCGAUAUCGAUGCGGCGGAGAUGCUACUGUCGCUCAGUGCGGCUGACAAGAGGUUGCCGCCGCCAAAGCGAACUCGUCGUGGGUCCAAGUACUAA